CCCCCUUUGACACAAUGUCUGAGUCCCUGAACCUGAAUGGCAGCAUUGGUGCCAUUCAAAUAGGCUCGAUAUUCUCGGUUUUCCUGUUCGGCGUCGCCUCCUUGCAAUGUCACCUUUAUUUCCAAAACUUCCCAAACGACAACCGAAUUACCAAGUCACUGGUGUCCGUAAUUUGGUUCCUCGAGCUCGCCCAUGUAAUCCUUGUGUCGUGCGAGGUUUACAGGCUCACAAUAAUCUUCUAUGGCGAUCCAACAAGUCUUUUCGACUUCCCGUUCCUAUCCGGCGCCAUUCUCGUGGCGGCAUUCGUGACCGUCCUCACACAUGGAUUCUACGCUUCUCGUGUUUGGGGGCUACUUCCAAAGCCAUGGAAGUGGCUAGGUCCAGGAUGCAUGGUAGUCAGUUUCGCCCGCUUUGUCGGUGGGCUGGCAGCAGGUGCCCUCGGUCUCAAAACCCGGAACGUCGUUCUGUACUCGGAGAUCUACGCCUGGCUGGUUAUCUCUGUGUUGGUUUGCGAGGCUUUGGUGGAUAUGACUCUUGCAUUCUCGAUGACCUUCUACCUGUACAAGCAGCGCAGAAAGGUCAUGUCUCGGUCCCUUCGCCUAAUCGAUCGCGUGGUUCAGCUUACAGUCUGCACGGGGCUUCUAACUAGCGCGACAUCAAUUGCCUUCGUCAUUGCCUUUAACAUCGAACAGAACACAUCGAUAUGGGUGGCAUUCUUCACUUGCCAUGCGAGGUUAUACUCAAACAGUAUGAUGGCGUCACUCAAUUCUCGCCACGGCCUUCGCACCAUGUGGACAGAAGGCUCUCACGUCGGGUUCUCCUCGAAUGGGGCCUCGACAUACGCUUCCAGCGGAGGUGGAGUCUCUGGGCACGGAAAGCGCCUGGGUCAGCCGCCUGUCAUCGCGAUCCAGAUGGAUUCGAGUGUCCAUCGCCAGUUCGAUGACCAAGACUCGGGAUCAAUGAGGGCUGGUGGGAAAGGCGAGUGUUGAAUGGGAGGUCAUCGACGGGCACUGCAAUAUUUAUUUUGACAAAUUGACAAGGGGAUACGGACGUCGUACAUUGCUAGUAGGAAUAGGAGUUGGGGUCUGUCAUUGCGGAAUAACAUCCUUUCGUUGCAUA